UCGGGGCGUCGCCGCCGGUUGCGCGCGCUGCGGUCGAUACCCCUCCGAGGGCGCAGGCGCGGCGCUAUCGAGCCCGCAAAAGGGCCGCCGCCAUCGCUCGCCGCACACGCGAUGCAUGCGGGCACCUAGCGGACAAACGCGCGCGGGCCUCAUGGGCACCGUGCUGAGCUUCAGCCCGCGCGAGCGGCGCCCGCCUUCAGCUGCCCCGCCGCCCGACCGCGCCGCCCUCGCCUACUCCUACGAAAGACUCAACAACGCCAAGAACAGAGAGAACCGCGACCUACCACGCGACGAGCGCCGUGCCACCCUCGACGAUGCCGCCAAGAUCAUCUCCGAGAAGACAGCCCUGGAGAAGAACCUCAAGAAGCACUCGCUGUUCAUCAAUGCCUUGUCCUGGAAGAGGUUUUCCACCGCCAACAACAACAAGAAGAAGUUAGAAUGCAAGAGCAAAAGCGUGUCCACGUACCGCGCUCCGCUGACGGACAACGCGCCGCUGGACAGGAACAAGAAUGUGAGCUUGGGAGGAGUCACGUACGCCAGGGCUGUGGCACCGCUGCCGGCCGCGGAGGUCGCUCGGACGAACGCACUCAACAAUAAUGUGUGCUACGAGAAGUUGCCGACGUCAGUGGGCCCACCUAUACCAGCUCCAAGGAAGACUGUGAUCCAGGCCUCCACGUCUGAACUACUAAAGUGCCUGGGGAUGUUCCUCCACGCGCGCUGUCACCGGCUGCGUGACUUCCAGGCUGGAGACGCGGUCAUGUGGCUGAGGACGGUAGACCGCUCGCUGCUCCUGCAAGGUUGGCAGGACGUGGCGUUCAUCAAUCCAGCUAACGUGGUCUUCGUGUAUAUGCUGGUUCGGGAGCUGGUGGACGGCGAGCGAAUAGCUCGCCCCCAGGAACUACAAGCUGUAGUGCUCACCUGCCUCUACCUCUCUUACUCCUACAUGGGCAACGAGAUCUCCUAUCCAUUGAAACCCUUCCUCGUGGAGGAUUCCAAGGAUAAGUUUUGGGAUCGCUGUCUGCUCAUCGUUGACAGGCUAUCCUUCAAUAUGUUGAGAAUCAACUCGGAGCCUGGGUUCUUCACUGAAGUGUUCACGGAGUUGAAAGCGUGUGGAACUGUGGAUAGCCCCCCUCCCGCACCCCUCCAUCCAGCGCCUGCGCCCCCUCACGCCUUGACGGCGGCCUGACACACAGAAGUCGCCGUACUCAGGCUAGCGUUGACUGAUCGACCUAGCCGUGUGUGAUGUCGGCUUUUAACGACGGAAGCGCUUGGUCAGUCGUCGAUCAUUAAAUGGACGACUAAUAAAACGUAUAGAUAAAUUUAAACCGAAUUCGAUCUCAAUAAAUACGUGUGUUUGAGUAUCAUGAGAAUAUGUAUGUAACUAAAUAAAUUCGCCUUCCUAAGGGUAUACUAUCGUAUUAAGAUACUCAGUUGUCCAGUGUAAUGAACGAAUAUAUGAGUUAUUUUUAUUUAGCUUUUGUUCCGCUCAACGUUUCAAGUUAUAGAUUGACCGAGACUUCUCAGUGGCCGUUUAUAGACGGUUACAAAUAUAUUAAUACUUUAUAGGAAAUUAGUCCAAAGGAAUUUGGGAUAUCUGAUAAUUCCUGAACGGACCUAGAUUACAAGGAAAAGACAUUAUGAAUUUAAGGUAUUUCCAGAUAUCGAUUAAUGUAACCAUAACGACGAUUACGCAACUGGUAACAUUAAAAAAUAAUAUUUGGUAUUAAAGUGCAACUUCUACGAUCCUCUGAAUAGUCAAUAUUGUAUUUAUGUAUGUCUGUAACGUAUGUAGGUAAUUGUCUGGUAAUCUUAUUUACUCAUAGUGCGUUAAAAACUGCUGGCACGCAGUAUACUAGUCCAAUAGCGCAGCGAUUAAUAUUUAAGAUAAGAGUAAAGUAAAUGCAUUGAAUGAUUGUAUUGCCAUAUAGUUAAAUGAUAUUAGAAAAUGGCUGGCAGGCGGGACAAUGCAAUAAUGCGGUGACACCGUCUGAUUUUACAUCGGUAAAACCCUUCUAAAACGUGUACGUAUGCCCGGCUCAAAACGGACUUGGCAAUGUUAUAAUAAAAAAAAAAUGAAUAGUUAAAAUUUUUGCGAAUGAUUAAGCGUUUUGUACAGUAAUAUCGAUUAAAUAUAGUAAGUCCUAAAAAUUAGUUUAGUUUAGACAAAUGACAGGUAUAAAAAACGCCUGAUGGUGGCGCUCGGUUUUGGUAAGAUUGAAUUUUUCAAUACGAAAUUUGGAAAUAAGUACCAAAUGUGACGUUUGAAUAUUGUUGGUCAAGUCUAUUACAAGAAACAGAAUAACAAACAAUAGAUUAAAAUAAAAUAUAUCCUUUGUGAAAUACAAUUAUGUGAAAAGCUAUAAAAAUAAGUAUAUUUUCUGUGGUUUUUGAUUAUGACAUCUGUUAAUGUUGGAAAAUAAAUCGUGUGUUUUGUCCAAAUUAAAUUUAAUUCACCGAGUGCCGUAGGAUAAGCGAAUUGUCUAGAUAAUUGUCAUAAGUAUAUUACGUAUAAUAAUAAAAAAAAAGGAAUCUCGAAAACCAAACUUAUUAUUGUUUGUCUGUGAUGUUAUUUAAAUUCUAAUUUAUUAUUGAUUUGUUAUUAAUUUAUUUUUUAUUUGUUAAACUUGACGCUAGCGGUGUAACGAGGGAUUAAAAGUAAUUAAGGUGUUAUAUUUCAUAUUGUUUUUUUUCUCGUCUGAUCGUUUAUUUGACAUAGUCAUAUUCUCAUAAGCAAAAAAAAAAAAAAAAAAAACGGCGUGAAUAAUUAAAAUUGCGUAAUUUAAUGUUCAAAUUCAAAUAGAAUACAUUUCAGGACACAGAUUAUAAGUAGGUUUGACUUCACAACCUCCCCUUAAUGUCGGUGUGGAUGUGACAUAGUUGUUUGGAUACGGUCAAAUACCUUAUCCAUAAUUCAUGUAACAAGUUUGUUAAUAAACUCAAUGUAAAUAUUAUACCUUAUUAUUAAAAAAGUUUCGUAUAUACA